AUGUCGUCCCGCACACGAUCGGGGGGCAAGGCACCGCCGCCCAGCAUCGUAUAUCAGCAACCACCAAAGCUGCAACAGCUCCAAUUCCCAGCGAGGCGCCGACGAGUGCGAGAUCCAGAUACUUCCAACGAGCCCCCGCCUAGCAGUAGCACAAAACGUCUGCGGCAGCAGACUCUGAUACAGUUUACGUCAUCUGUCUUGCCUGACAACGGGGAACACCCCUCAAGUGACACCGAGGGCGACCAAUAUGGAGAACAGGAUGAAGAGAGCAUUCAUAAAGCAUCCGUAGAAGGUACCGACACGAGCGGUGAAGCUGGGCAGCAAGAUAACACAGAAUCUGAGGAUGAAGGACCUAUAACACGAGUACGGAAGCGGAAUAGCAGACUCGCCAACAAGGACGACAGCACCAAGCGAAGACGGACGUUGGGGGACGAAGCCUCAAAUCAGAGGAAAGUUGUCAACAAGUCAUCCACAAGCAGCCUUGAAAAGUCUCCAACCCGCGUCGAUACCCAUUGCCCUAUUGUUGCAGACUCAGACGACGAUAAUAGCCUAGAUGGUGACCCGCCUCAGGACUUCCUUCAGUGGUUAGGUGACAGCUCCAGUCAUGCCGGGUCACCCGCAAACAUCUCUACUCGGGUAACAGAAUCCCAGGCUGAAACUGAGGCUGAAGAUGGCCAUGACCAUGCCGCAAAGCAGCGCGAAGACUCGGUCAUUCCCCAAACCCCUGUUAAGAACACGCGGUUCCAACUCCCGAUAUCAGCACAGCUCACCACACCAUCCACAGCUCGGGUCGCACGUUAUGGAUACCCAGGCUCGACUGAAUCACCCUCUAAGCUUACCAAGAACUCAACGCCAACAGUGCGUCGGGAUUCACUGAUUCAAGACUCAUAUGCCACGGACAGCUGGAGCUCGCCUCCUGCCGCAACACCCAUGUCCUCAAAAUCACAAGGCCUGGCCUUUACCACACCAAUUGGCGUAGCAUCUCCAUCUCCAGAAAUUAGACGAAAGAUUCCAGCUGCAAUGUUGCCGCAAGACCCGACAAGCGACCUCACAGAACAGAGCAGCCCGCAGCUGCAAGCAUGUAGCUCGGCAGUCAAGCCGCCCAACCAUGGCAUAUACGAAAUCCCCGAUUCCGAUGAAGAGGACGGAUACUCGGAUUUCGGCCAGGAUCUGCCUAGGCCAGACCUCACAGAGGAAGAACCAACCCUCCCCGUUGUUUCCAAACAAUACCAUCAGUCAGCCGACGACCAAGAACAGAAGCGAGAGAAGCUGAUAACCAACGAUGAUGUUUUCGACACUGGCAACGAGACACAACUCAUCCUUGAUCAGCUGGCUAAUAGCACGUCGCAAUGGGGCAAGUCUUCCGCUAAGAGCUGCAAGACCUUGAUCCAAGCGCCAUCUAGCCCUUCUGAAACUCCUUUCUCAUCUGCAAGAGAGCAGCAACCAGCGCCAACACAACACAGCCGUAAACGCCUUCGGUGGCCAAUCGUACAUCCCCCACUAGAGGGCACACAAGGUCUGCCCCUAGAAUCGCAGCGCGUCGCUGUUUCCAUCCUCCACACAUUUUCGCCUACCUCUCCCCGCUCCGAUAUCCUUCUACCGCUCCAGGACAACGCUUUCAACGACUUGCUCGGAGGCUUCACGCUGUCCAUCUCACUGCCUUUCAAGAUUCCAGACUCUGUUGCACGGGCCUGGCUCUUUAACUCCAAAACAACUCGCUACGUUGCAGAUAUCACCACCAGGCCUGCUUCUCCUGAUCCCGCAGGUACUUGGGUCUAUAACGUCGAUCAGAUCUACGAGUUGAACAAUCCGACAAGUGAGGACGAUAUGCGUGCUGAGGACUGGAUCUACGGUCAAAUCGGUCGUUACGUGUAUUUCCCUCCUGCCGUCGUCAGUCAGCUAUUAUAUAACUUGCGCCAUCCAGUGUUUAGCACAGAGGAUGCCGGUGUCAUGCAGUCAAGCAACGUCUCAACCCCAAGGCCAGAUAGAGUCAAAUCGCUGGUAGAGGCUAUUUCAGAAAUCAAAUCCGCGGCUGGAGGACAUGCAGCUAAUUCUGAGGCAAUCCAGUCUACGCUCGAAGAUGGUAACGCUGUACCAGGCUCUCAGUCUGGAGGAGCAGUAGAAACCACACCAUCAGUAGUUCCUGCAUCCGAUGUGCAGUCCUCUACGAUACAUCCCAACGCUUCCCAGACAAGCACUUCCUCACAACUCUCAACUUUGGACGUAUUGACUUGUCCUGAACCGUUGCCUUCACAAGACGGAGAGGUCCAAGAGGGCGCGCAUUCUUCCGACAGCGUUAGGUUUCUUAAUCACUCGUCUUCAAUAGCUGUUCCCUUUAGUAUAUUAGGGUCUUCUAUGCCUCUAGAUGCGUCGUACCAGUUGCUUACCAAAAGUCAAAUGCUUCCAGACAGCUUAUUAAGAGACGACCAGACUAUGCCUGAUGAGAUAUGGGACUCGGACGACAUUAGCAGCUAG